AUGCCCCUCAAGAUCAUCAUCGUUGGUGCGGGCAUCGCCGGCCUGGCCUCAGCAGCCAUGCUCCGAGCAGGCGCCGACGUCACCAUCCUCGAGUCCGGGGAUGCAAACCACGUUGCCGGCGGGCAGGGUCUUGGUUUCGGGCCCAACGCUGUCAAGAUCGUAGAGAAGAUUGGCUAUGACAGCCAGCGCGUGAGAGCCGUCAAGAGUAAGGGGCUCAAAGCGUAUGACGGCGCGACUGGAGCUCUGGUCAAGACCGUUCCGCUGGACACGCAGUCGACAUGGGGCGCCGACUGGCUCAUGCAGCUGCGCGCGGAUGCAAGGGAUGAGCUGCAUCGCCUUGCGGUCCAGGACGGUCCGGGGAGAACGCCAGUGCUUCGUUACAAGACCAAGGUGACAGACAUCGAUCCUGAUACUGGAAUUGUCACGCUCGAGAAUGGAGAGACUAUCCAAGGGGAUGUCAUAAUUGUGGCAGCCGGCAUCCACACCAAGAUCAAGGAAAAGAUUGUGGGCAGCAGUGAAUACGCCACAACACCCACCGGCCAGAGCAUCUUCCGGUUCCUGGUGUCUUCAGAGAAUGCCCGAAAGGCCUCUGGCCAUCUUCCUGACUGGUGGAAUCCCGAAGUCGGCGACUACCUUUCCAUCACGCGGCUCGACGAUGGUACCAACCGGGCUAUUAUUACAUACCCAGGCCGUGACUUUCAAUAUGUCAACUUUAGCUGUGCCUUCCCGAACGAGUACCUCAGCCAACGGGCUACAGAGUCGUGGUUCGCUAACGGCGACAUUAACGAGGUUUUGGACAUUUUCAAGGACUUCCCCACGUCUUAUCGAGAAUUCAUGAAAUACGCCGAGGAAGUCAAAGUGUGGGAGCUCCGAGACCAUGACCCUCUCCCCAACUAUGUUUCCGGCCGAGCUGUCUUGAUAGGCGACGCGGCGCACGCCAUGGCGCCCUUUCAAGGUCAAGGAGCCGGGCAGGCGAUUGAGGAUGCCGAGGGACUGAGGUUACUCCUCGAGCCAGGCGUGACACCGUCAGAUGUCCCAAGUAUCCUUCAGCAGUGGGAGGCGGUGCGGAAGCCCAGGGCGUCGCAGGUGCAACUCAACACUCGCGCGGCGAGCCAGAAGCUGGACGAGGUGAAUUCCUUCCAGAAUAUGAAUUACAACUGGACGUACAAUGGCAUCAGCGAGGAGCUCAAAAAGGCGUGA